CAUGAGGUAAACAAGCCUGCAGAGCUGCAGGGACAGAAAUGAAAUAAAAGUGUGUGUAUUCGGUGUUUGACUAUGAGCAGGCUGCGUUCAGCGAUGCAGAAAGGAAAGAGAGUCGCGCUGGAGGCGACAGAAACAGCAGCACCGAGACAGAAGACGCCAAAGACGGCUGUGAAACAAGAAGAAAGCACAGAUGCGUCUUCAUCGUACCACACGUUCUCUGAUCCUGCUGAUGUUGUGCGAUUUCGCUCUCAGCUCCUGAACUGGUACGACAAGGAGAAGAGGGAGCUGCCAUGGCGGACGAUGGCUGUGACAGAAUCAGACCUCAACAUCAGAACAUAUGCAGUGUGGGUUUCAGAAAUCAUGCUGCAGCAGACUCAGGUUGCCACAGUGAUAGACUACUUCAACAAAUGGAUGAAGAGGUGGCCCACAGUGCAGGAUCUAGCAGCUGCUACACUAGAGGAGGUGAACCAGAUGUGGGCGGGCCUCGGAUACUACUCCCGUGGAAAAAGACUGCAUGAAGGAGCGCAGAAGGUGGUGUCGGAGCUGAAGGGACAGAUGCCUCGGACAGUUGACAGUCUGCUGAAACAGUUGCCUGGAGUUGGACGCUACACCGCUGCAGCUAUAGGCUCUAUUGCACUGGGACAGGUUACCGGAGCUGUAGAUGGCAAUGUGAUUCGGGUGCUGUGUCGCCUGAGAGCCAUCGGAGCCGACAGCACGAGUCCUGCAGUGACGGAGGCGCUUUGGAGUCUAGCUAACACGCUGGUGGAUCCAGAGAGACCGGGAGACUUCAACCAGGCCAUGAUGGAGCUGGGAGCCAGAGUCUGCACCCCUAAAGGCCCCCUGUGCAGCCAGUGUCCCGUCCAGUCUCACUGCCACUCUUAUCGCAAGGUUCAUGUCAAACAAGAACAAAACUCUAAGAAGCUUUUAGGGAAACUGGCCAGAAAGACCGCAAACCUGCCUGAUAUAGAAGACUGCACGAACAGUGGAACAUGUUCGCUGUGUCCCUCUGAGCCCUGGGACGACGAGCUCGGCGUUCAAAACUUUCCCAGGAAGCCGGCGAAGAAGCCGCCACGAGUGGAGCGAACUCUGACCUGCGUGGUGACCAGACCUGGAGAGGAGGGAGGGGACGAGUAUCUGCUGAUCCAGAGACCAAACAAAGGCUUGCUGGCAGGCCUGUGGGAGUUUCCAAGUCUUCUGCUCGAGGAGGAAAACUCUGAGAUGAAACACAAGAGGGCUCUGUGUGAUGAAAUCAGCCGAAAACUGGGAACCAAUUUGACCGAGAGCCUCCUCCAGUACGUGGGAGAGGUGGUUCACGUCUUCUCCCACAUCCACCAGACGUAUGUGGUUUACAGUGUGCGUCUGACGGAGGGUGACACGCAGACUGAAAACACACAGUGGCUCAGUCGAGCCGCUCUGCAGGAAGCCGCUGUGUCCACAGGACUGAAAAAGAUUGUGAAGCUUCAUGAUUCUGUGGACGGUGUGAAGGAGGAAACCUCUAAGGAUGGAAAAAGGAAAAAGCAGACGGGCCUGAAGAACGACAAGAAGCUGCAGACGUCCAAGAAGCAGAAACUGAGUGCAGCCAACACCGGAGGCAGACAACUUUCACUCAGCUCCUUCUUCAAGACUGUCAAAGAAGAAUGUUGUUAGGCUUCCUGAAAGGCCCACAUGGUGCCUUCCUGUGUAUUUGUGCCUUAAUGCUGAAGUAUCACCACUCUGUCCACUUCCAGGUGUUAUUGUGGUGUCAUGGAGCAGUUUUUAAAUAGUUAGACUGUAAUGCAUCAGCUGGGUUGUUUUUAAAGACAUAAAGUAGAUCAUGUUUUAUUUUUUUAUUUUUUUUAUUGUAAGUUUUUGCUAUUUAGCCUAUUUGUCGCAGGAUUUUAACUUCCUUCAUGUCGACUAACUAUGUGGUUUUACACCUAGUAUGUAACAUAACUGUCAUAUAUUUUACAAUAAACAAAACAACAAUAAAACUGUACAACAGUGUACAACAAUAAAAAGGUAGAAAACAUAAUGAUAGUAACAACUUUGACUGAACUGCUGAUCUGCUUCCACCAAAAACCAAGAUUAUUAUCAAUAUGUUUUUAAAAGAGUUGCUAUUUUGUGCUCUACUUAAGCAUAUAUUUGUAUUAGAAUUACACAAUUUUUCUCAUGUUGUAAUAAAUGUAUAAAUAUAUUAACGAAAAAAUGUGUAAAAAA